AUGUUACUUGCAAAAAAUAUUUUAAAAAAAGUUAAGUAUGGAUCUGGUAUAACGAGAUUAGAAAAAUUUUCUACCUAUCCUAUUAAUGAUGAUAUGUUUGGAUUGACUGAGGACCAGAAACAUUUAAGAAAAACUGUUUUUGAUAUUACUCAAAAAGAACUUGCUCCAUAUGCUAAUAAAAUUGACAAAGAUAAUGGGUGGGAUGAUUUAAGAAAAUUUUGGAGAAUUCUUGGAGACAAUGGUCUUUUAGGAAUUACAGCACCAGAAAAAUAUGGUGGAAGUGAUCUCUCAUAUUUUGAUCAUUGUAUUGCUAUGGAAGAGUUAUCUCGUGGUAGUGGAGCUAUUGCUUUGUCAUAUGGAGCUCAUUCAAAUUUAUGUGUAAAUCAAAUUGUAAGACAUGGAAAUGAUUCUCAGAAAGAAAAAUACUUGCCAAAAUUAAUUAGUGGUGAACAUAUGGGAGCAUUGGCAAUGUCUGAAGUUGGUGCUGGAUCUGAUGUUGUUUCAAUGAAAACCACUGCCAAAAAAGUAGGUAAUAAAUAUGUUUUAAAUGGAACAAAAUUUUGGAUUACAAAUGGACCUGAUGCUGAUGUUUAUGUUAUUUAUGCAAAGACAGACUUAGCUGCAAAUUCUAAAGGAAUCACUGCUUUUAUUGUUGAACGUGAUAUUCCUGGAUUUAGUAGAUCACCUAAAUUAGAUAAACUUGGAAUGAGAGGUUCUAAUACAUGUGAAUUAAUAUUAGAUAAUGUUGAGGUACCUGAAGAAAAUAUUCUUGGAGGUCUUAACAAGGGUGUCUACGUUCUUAUGUCUGGUUUAGAUGUAGAACGUUUAGUUCUUGCUGCUGGUCCUCUUGGUCUUAUGCAAAAUGCGUGUGAUGUAUCAUUUGAAUAUGCUCAUCAACGUAAAGCUUUCGGAAAAUGUAUUGGUGAGUUUCAGUUACUUCAGGGUAAAAUGGCUGAUAUGUAUACUACAUUAAAUGCAUCCCGUGCAUAUUUAUAUGCUGUAGCUCGUGCUGCCUCAGGAGGAAAUGUUAUUUCAAAAGAUUGUGCCGGUGUAAUUCUUUAUCUUGCUGAAAAAGCCACAACUGUUUGUUUGGAUGCAAUUCAAAUUCUUGGUGGUAAUGGAUAUAUUAAUGAUUACCCAACAGGAAGAUUACUAAGAGAUGCAAAAUUAUAUGAAAUUGGAGCUGGAACAUCAGAAGUACGUCGCUAUCUUAUUGGUCGAUCAAUAAAUAAUGAAUAUAAAUAG